GGCCCGUGUCAGGCUGGGCGGCUGGAGCGGCUAAUAGGAAACCCCGACCCGAGGCGCCGAGACCAGGAGGGAGGGCAGAGGGGGUCAGAGGCCGGGCCUUCCCGGCCCCUUGCGCCCGGAGGUCAGGGAGAUAAGGAACAAUGACUCUCGCCCCCAGAAGGAGGAAGGAAGCCCCGCUCCCACCUUAUCUCUGCUCCUCCGCAAGCUCCCAGUUCCCAGAGCUUGUUCUCCAGGGAAGAUUCUGAAGGCGACUUUUGUGCUGACGGCCAACCAUCACCAUCUGAGGAAGGUGAAUUUGGCAAAUGACAUGCAGAUUCUCCAAGACAGAAUAAUUGCAGAAAAUCUUCAAAGAUAGAAUCCACAAGUGAAAGACCGAUGGACCCCAUCUGCAGAUGUCCUGAAUACCUCUGAGUAUAGCAAUUGAUUAUUCAACCAGGAUACCUAAUUCAAGAGCUGCAGGAACCAGGAGACAGACAUUUUGUCAGUUUUGCGACAUUGGACCAAGCACAAUGAAGUAUUCUUGCUGUGCUCUGGUUUUGGCUGUGCUGGGCACACAGCUGCUGGGGAGCCUCGGUUCAACCAUCAGAUCCCCGAGGUUCAGAGGCCGGAUACAGCAGGAACGAAAAAACAUCCGACCCAACAUCAUUCUUGUGCUCACCGAUGAUCAGGACGUGGAGCUGGGGUCCCUGCAAGUCAUGAACAAAACCAGAAAGAUUAUGGAGCGUGAGGGGGCCACCUUCACCAACGCCUUCGUGACGACGCCCAUGUGCUGCCCCUCCCGCUCCUCCAUGCUCACGGGCAAGUACGUGCACAACCACAACGUCUACACCAACAACGAGAACUGCUCUUCCCCCUCCUGGCAGGCAGUGCACGAGCCGCGGACGUUUGCCGUCUAUCUGAACAGCACCGGCUACAGAACAGCCUUUUUUGGAAAAUACCUCAAUGAAUAUAAUGGCAGCUACAUCCCUCCUGGGUGGCGAGAAUGGCUUGGAUUAAUCAAGAAUUCUCGUUUCUAUAAUUACACUGUUUGUCGCAAUGGCAUCAAAGAAAAGCAUGGAUUUGAUUAUGCGAAGGACUACUUCACAGACUUAAUCACUAACGAGAGCAUUAAUUACUUCAAAAUGUCUAAGAGAAUGUAUCCCCAUAGGCCCGUUAUGAUGGUGAUCAGCCACGCGGCACCCCACGGCCCCGAGGACUCAGCCCCACAGUUUUCCAAACUGUACCCCAAUGCUUCCCAACACAUAACUCCUAGUUAUAACUAUGCACCAAAUAUGGACAAACACUGGAUAAUGCAGUACACGGGACCCAUGCUGCCCAUCCACAUGGAAUUUACAAACGUUCUACAUCGCAAACGGCUUCAGACUUUGAUGUCAGUGGACGAUUCUGUGGAAAGGCUGUACAAUAUGCUUGUGGAAACGGGGGAGCUGGAGAAUACUUACAUCAUCUACACUGCCGACCACGGUUACCAUAUCGGGCAGUUUGGACUGGUCAAGGGGAAAUCCAUGCCAUAUGACUUUGAUAUCCGUGUGCCUUUCUUUAUUCGUGGUCCAAGUGUAGAACCAGGAUCGAUAGUCCCACAGAUUGUUCUAAACAUUGACCUGGCCCCUACCAUCCUGGACAUUGCUGGGCUCGACGCACCUCCUGACAUAGACGGCAAGUCUGUCCUCAAACUCCUGGACCAGGAAAAGCCAGGUAACAGGUUUCGAACAAACAAGAAGGCCAAAAUUUGGCGUGAUACAUUCCUCGUGGAAAGAGGGAAAUUUCUACGUAAGAAGGAAGAAUCCAACAAGAAUAUCCAACAGUCAAAUCAUUUGCCCAAAUAUGAGAGGGUCAAAGAACUGUGCCAGCAGGCCAGGUACCAGACAGCCUGUGAACAACCUGGGCAGAAGUGGCGGUGUGUCGAGGACGCGUCUGGCAAGCUUCGGAUUCACAAGUGCAAGGGGUCUGGUGACCUGCUUGCUGUCCGGCACAGCACGAGGCCCCUCUUCUCUCGCAGCUUCCACGACAAGGACAAAGAGUGCAAUUGUGGAGAUGCCGGUUAUCAGGCCAGCAGAAACCAGAGAAAGAGUCAGAGGCAGUACCUGAGGAACCAGGGGACCCCGAAGUACAAGCCCAGAUUUGUCCAUACCCGGCAGACACGCUCCUUGUCAGUCGAAUUUGAAGGCGAAAUAUAUGACAUAAACCUGGAAGAAGAAGAACUGCAAGUCCUGCGACCGCGAAACAUUGCCAAGCGUCAUGAUGAAGGUCGCCAGGGGCCCAGAGGCCGCCAGGCCAGCAGCGGCGGUGAUGGGGACGCGAUGCUGGCCGAGAGCGGCAAUGCCGUGGGCCUGCCCGCCACUGUCCGAGUGACGCACAAAUGCUUUAUUCUUCCAAAUGAUACAAUCCAUUGUGAGAGAGAACUUUAUCAAUCAGCCAGAGCCUGGAAGGACCACAAGGCAUACAUUGAUAAAGAGAUUGAGGCUUUGCAAGAUAAAAUUAAGAAUUUAAGAGAAGUGAGAGGACAUCUAAAGAGAAGGAAACCUGAGGAGUGUGGCUGCAAUAAACAGAGCUAUUACAACAAAGAGAAAGGUGUGAAAAAGCAAGAGAAAUUAAAGAGCCACCUUCACCCAUUCAAAGAAGCCGCUCAAGAAGUAGACAGCAAACUGCAGCUUUUCAAGGAGAACCGCAGGAGGAAGAAAGAGAGGAAGGAGAAGAAGCGGCAGCGGAAGGGUGAAGAGUGCAGCCUUCCUGGCCUCACCUGCUUCACGCAUGACAACAAUCACUGGCAGACAGCGCCGUUCUGGAACCUGGGCUCUUUCUGUGCUUGCACGAGUUCUAACAACAACACCUACUGGUGUUUGCGGACAGUUAAUGAGACGCAUAAUUUUCUUUUCUGUGAGUUCGCCACUGGCUUUUUGGAGUUUUUUGAUAUGAAUACUGAUCCUUAUCAGGAAAUAAAGAUGGAGGAAGCUAUGACCUGCACAGAGGACAGUUAUGGGACGGAUGGGAAGGUUAGUCAGCCCAGUCUCACUGCAGACGUCAACUGGCAAGGCCUGGAGGAUCUAUACCGUGUGAAUGGAAGCAUCUACGAGGACAGACCAAACUAUAGACUUAGUCUGGUUGACUGGACUAAUUACUUGAAGGCUGCAGAUAGAGUAUUUGCACUGUUGAACAGUCACCAUGAGCAAAAUAAAGCAAAUAAGACUAAAAGUGCUCAAAGUGAUGGGUUCCUGGCUAUGUCUGCUGAGCUCUCGGCACCAGCAGAGUCAGAUGAAGACCCGAGGCGUAGGGUUUGGGAAGCACCUCCUUUGACCUUGCCGGCUGACCUUCCCACCCUGCAUUCCAACCGACCAACAUUCAGUCCAGAGAGUAAACUUGAAUGGAAUAACGACAUGCCCGAAGUUAAUCGUUUGAAUUCUGAACACUGGAGAAAUCAUAAAACUGAGAAGUGGAUGGAGCAUGAAGGGAUCAAUCUUCUUGAAACUGAUUUCAGCGGCGAUGGCGCGACGGCGGAGCUAGUGCAGCCCGGGCCCAGGCACCAGAAGGGACUUCCCCAGGAUGGUCCUCCAAGAGAAGAUGCUUCUGAAGGUCGGCUGCAUCUUACCACACAUCCUGAUGUUGACUCCAUUCAUCGGGAUCAAAGUGUCCACCAAUAGGAGCAGCCGAUUUCCUCCUGCAGCCAAGAGAGGAUGUCAGACCAGGUGGGGAAGAAUCACAAGAAGCGGAACUUAACAGAGCCUGGAAGGCAGUGCCUCCUUUCCACUCUCCUCUGAUUAGAUGCCAUGUUACCUUACCCUAAACACAGUAUUUUUUUUUUAACUUUUUCUUAGUAAACUAAUAAAGGCAAUCAUGACAACCGACAUUCCAGACUGCCCCGGGUACUCCCCCGGGGACACCCGGGCAGCGGAAGUCAGUGCGCACGCCAGCGGUACGCGCCCAGCAACUCUGUUCUAAGUCGCUAUUUGUCAAGAGUAGAAAGACAGGUGGAUUUGUGGGGUUUUGUUUGUUUGGGGGGUACUAAAACAGUAUUAUCUUUUGAAAGUUGUAGGGACAUGAGUAUAUAAAUGUUAACCAACCAAGAUGGCUAGAAUUGUGCCUUUCUGAGUUUCUGGAACUUGACGUCCUCGGUGAAAUUUCAGUCCAUUUUCCACGGCCUGCGAAGUGUGGUUUUGAUUCAUUUUUAACCACUGGAAUUUUUCAAGGCCCUCGUUUUUAGCUCAGUGAUUUUGCACUUUGAGAUCGGAAUGCCAUGUCUAUUUGGUUAGUCUCAUUUUUUUUCCAGACUUGUCAGUCUCACUGCUUGCUCUCAGUGUGACAAAGGAAAAUGGACCCCCAAGGGUGACACACAGUAUGGAUCACAUAUUGUUCAACACACGCUUUUGCCAGAAAAUAAUGCAUGUGUUUUACCUCGACUUGCUAAAACUGAUUAGCAGAAUGGCAUGGCUAAGGAUGUUGGCAGUAAAAAUAAAUAAACAAAACAAAGAUUGCCUGCUUACUCUGUGCCUGGCCUCAAAGUGUUCAUCAUAUGCUUAAAAUUGCUAAAUUUUUAUUAUUCUCUUAACAGCAUAAAAGGACUGAAGACUGUUUUUUUCAUCUUUGUUUUGUUUUCUUGACUUGGCUAAUAAGCUUAAGUGUUAAGAAAAUAUAUCUAGUUAUGAAUUUAUAUAAGGAAUUCUUUUCAGUAAAACAAACUCAUGAAUGUUUCAUAAUUUAAAUGCACCGUAUGUGUUGUGUGAUUAUUUUUAAGGCCUUCACCAGGUUCUGAUUUUUUAAAGGCAUACUUCAAAACUGCUUUUGAAAUUCUGUGUUCUUGAAAAUAUUCUUGUCAUGUAUUAGAUGUUUAAAUACCAGCAAAAGGAUUAUUACCUCAUUGAAAGUUACCAGUAUCCUAGCCAACUUCCCAAGGUUUUUUUUUUAGCUUAACAGUAAUUUUUGUUUUAUUUUUAGAUAAUUCAAAUGCAUAGGUAAAUUAUGUUUCCUUUACGUGUUUAAGGUGAGCUCUUUUAAAGAAAAUUUAAUAUGUUAUAGUUGAAUCUUUUGAUAACUUUAAGUCUUUAUCAUAGACUCUGUACAUAUGUUAAAAUUAACUAGCUCUUUAUCAGAUGUGUGUGUCACCGGCUGAAUGACAGAUGAAACAUAUUUAUGGUCAUGAAUGAUGUGCUUUGUAAAAAGGUUUCAAGUUAUUAGGAAGCAUACUGUGUUUUUUAAUCUUGUGUAAUAUUCUGUGAUACUUUUAUAGAACAAUUCUGGCUUCAGGAAAGCCUAGAAGCACUAUUUCUUGAAAUAAAAGGUGUUUAAACUU